AUGUGCACCAGCUCCACCGUGUCCGAUGCUAUUCCCCAGCGUCAUACCGUCUCCAAUCCCCGUCAGAAGGAUCUACCUGAUCCCUCCGCAGGAAUACGCCGUCUAUUACACCUCGUAGAAUGUUGCGAAAGCAAGGAAUUCGACUCGGACGAGUACUGGGAGUGCGCCUUGCGCACCGUAAUCGGCAGCCUUUGGCACCAGGUCUCCACUUGCAAAAUGGGUCCUGCAGAGGACCCGGAAGCGGUCGUGGACCACAGAGGGAAAGUGCACGGUAUCACCAAGCUCAGAAUCGCCGAUACCAGUAUAAUACCCUUACCGUUGACGGCCCACACGACCGCCCCCGCCUACAUGAUAGGCGAGAAAAUCGCCGAUCUCAUCAAAGAGGAAUGGAAGUUUAAAUCUUAA